CUUGGACUCGUCGCGCGAACGAACCUUGCGCAUACAACUAACUUGCAAGUACUUCUUCAUGAAAGUCACCUCGGCUCACGCACCUUCUCUUCUCGGCCACACCUUGAAUGUAUAUCCCUUGCAGAGCUACCCUCGAUCAACUUAGAAAAUCGGACAAGCUUGAGAACUAUGGAUCGGAUCUCACCUACGAUUUGGCGAGCCGUUCGACCGCUGCAUUGUCGGCAGUUCAGUUUGGCAUCACGAGCAAGACGAAGCUGCAUUCCAUCGAAUCAUGCGGAGAUGACCGCAAACAAGGCUUUCAUCCAGCCCAGACGAGAUGAAUGCAGGAGCCCGAUCACGGUAGCGAAACGUCUUUAUUCGACCAUCUAUAGGUCGCCGUUCCCGGAACCGGCCUUGCCUCAACCCACGUCGCUGUUUCACUUUCAUUUCCCGACGACAGGACUGGACCCUUCGAGAGCCGCUCUACCUGCCUAUACGGAUGCUCUUACCGGUCAGACAUUGACUCAGGGAGAAGUCCGAUCGAUGUCGCUCAGGAUGGGAUACGGGAUCAAGAAGGUCCCAGAGCUGAUCAAGGGAGACGUGGCUCUGAUCUUUUCGCCCAACUCGUUAGAGUACGCGGUUGCCUUCUUCGCUUGCCAGGCUGCAGGGUUGGUGGUGACCCCCGCUAGUGCUUCGUAUACUCCGCACGAACUCGCCUAUCAUAUCAAGGACAGUACGGCCAAGAUCGCUUUCGUCCAUCCAGAUCUUAUGGAGACCUUUGAGAAAGCUCAACAAGUCGUUGAGCAGGAGAAUGGCUCUCAGAAGGGUCUCGACGUCUUUCAGUUGACACCGGACUCUGCGGGGGACGUUCAGGACGAAGGAAAAGGUGGCCGAUCGUUCUGGACCUUGAUGGCCACAGAAGACGAGGUGGGAGACUGGCGAGGUGAGGAGCUAGGGCCAAGGGAGGAGCACAAUGCGGCAGUGCUAUGUUAUAGUAGCGGCACGACCGGGCUACCUAAAGGUGUCGAGACGACGCACUGGAACCUCACAACGAUGCAAACCGUAUUCAGUGUGGCCAUGGAGAAGCUCUGUCCGGAAGAACAGGAUAAGGCUCUGGCUCUUCUGCCGUUCUCUCAUAUCUUUGGUCUGGUACUCGUACUCCUACACCCUCUGACCAUGCGGAUACCUAUCAUCGUCCUCCCCAAAUUUACCCCACAUACGUUCUUCACAACGAUUCAAACACAUAAAGUCACCUGGUCUUUCGUGGUCCCGCCGCUGGUAUCGCUAUUGGCAAACUUCUCGGGAGUUGCCAAGUACGACCUGUCGAGCUUGCGAGGAUUGCUCAGCGGGGCAGCUCCGAUGAGCCCGGAUGUGGCGAGGGCGGCUAUGGAUAGGUUGAGCGAAUCGACUGGGAAAGAGUUCAUGAUCACUCAAGGAUACGGUCUCACCGAGACGUCACCGGCGACCCAUGUGCUGACGCUGAAAGACGCCCGUCGCAAGCUGGGCAGUAUCGGUCAACUGUUACCGAGUCUCGAGGCAAAGAUCGUUCAGCCUGAUGGGUCGGAGGCGCCUACGGGGACGCCCGGAGAGCUGUUGUUGAAGGGUCCGACCGUGAUGAAAGGAUACUGGCGCAACGAGAGCGCAACAGAGGGUUCGUUCACUGCCGACAAGUGGCUCAAGACGGGAGACGUCGUCAAAGUGGAUGAAGAAGGCUUCUGGUAUAUCGUCGAUCGACUGAAGGAGAUGAUUAAAGUAAAGGGACUUCAAGUCGCACCUGCCGAACUAGAGGCUUUGCUUCUUUCGCACCCGCACAUCGUAGAUGCUGGAGUGAUCGCCACGAAAGACGCAGAAGACAACGAAUUGCCACGCGCCUUUGUCGUACCUAGACCCAGCGUUCUGAGCGAUAUCGUUGCAAGCUCAGAAGCGAUGGCUGAAUACACGCAAGAGAUUGACAAUUGGAUCAAGGAGAGAGUGAGUCGUCAUAAACAGUUGCGUGGCGGAAUCAUUCCGGUCGAGGCGAUUCCUCGAAGCGGUUCGGGUAAAAUACUACGGCGUCAACUAGCAACACUGAAGCCGCUAGAAGUAGUAAUGCCAUGAGACACUGAUGUAAGAUUGAGCGACGAUCCAAACAAUACAGCGUUUGGGACCUCAGGUACCCCAAUCACAAGCUACACGAGUUCCUAUAGGAGGGAGCUUGAAGAUAUAUACUUGCAAAUCAAGAUGAAAUUAAGCAACAGGGACAACCUACGCUUCAUCUCGGAUUGCUGGGUGACGGCUGGCUCCUCAGUUGUAUCAUAGCCGGCGAACGAUCGAGACUGGAGCCCCUGUGAUCUGUACUUACUCAGCGACACUAUGAGGGUUUCAUAUUACAUCUUUCUGUGAUUCUGUG